AGAUUGAUUGGAGGUUCGGACUACAAGCUGAUCUACAGACACUACGCCACGCUGUACUUUGUGUUUUGUGUCGACUCUUCAGAGAGUGAAUUGGGAAUUUUAGACUUAAUCCAGGUUUUUGUGGAAACGCUGGAUAAAUGCUUUGAGAAUGUCUGCGAGCUUGACUUAAUUUUUCAUGUAGACAAGGUGCACCACAUUUUAGCAGAGAUGGUGAUGGGUGGGAUGGUCCUGGAGACCAACAUGAAUGAAAUCAUCAUGCAGGUGGAUGCCCAGAACAAGAUGGAGAAGUCUGAGGCUGGCAUCGCAGGAGCACCGGCUCGAGCAGUGUCAGCGGUUAAGAACAUGAACCUCCCGGAAAUGCCCAAAAACAUCAACAUCGGUGACAUCAGCAUAAAAGUGCCAAAUUUACCCUCCUUCAAAUAGCGACGGCAAGAUUCAUAAGCCUUGAGGCAUUGGCUGAUGUUUACCGUGAUGCAAUCUGUUUACCAAAACUCAAAUUAUUACCCUUCCUUCAGUCAGGAAGGUACUGUGUGAUUUCACUCCGUGUUGUAGUGUUAUAUGCUUGGUUUUAUUAUUGAACAUCAUAUUAUGUAUUUUGUUUUUUUUCUGUUUGAAGAAGAAGUAUUUAAGAGAUUUACAUUCCUUCUGCCUCACUGGAGGUUGGCUCGUAGCAUUAAGCAUCUCUAGAUCUGUGGCAAUUUGUUACUGAAAUAAAAAAGGUGUUUACUCCAAAGAAGGUAUGGUACUUUUUUUUUUUUCUUGGGGGCAGCAGGCAUUUAAGUGAAGAAUAUUUCAGAUCAUUUGCAGUGCUUUGGAUAUAAAUUAAAGAAUAAUGUUAUAAUAAAUUAGAAAAAACAGAAACUUGGCUGCAUAUAAAAGCAGCUUUUUUCCUUAAGAGUACCGGUACAUGGACCAUUUUAAAAGAUGUCAUGAUUUAUGAAAUGAUUAUAUAGUUUUUUUCUUGUCUAUGAUUUUCUUGGCUUCUUUUUCAACAAU